AUGCAGAUACUAAGAGAGUCUAUGGGUGAUUGGAAUUUAGAGUUUGCAAGAUUGUGUGACUAUGCUGAUAUGAUGAAACAGACAAAUCCUGGUAGUUCUGUUUGGGUGAGGAUGGACAGAGAAAGUUGUCCAGGGAAGAAUUUGUUUGUGUACUUCUAUGUCUGCUUGGAUGCAUUGAAGAAGGGGUGGAUGGAAGGUUGUAGGAGAAUAAUAGGUUUUGAUGGGUGUUUUCUAAAGGGUGCUUGUAAAGGUGAACUGCUAGUAGCAAUUGGCAAGAAUGGAAACAAUCAGAUGUUUCCUAUAGCCUGGGCAUUGGGUACUGGAGAUGGUCUUACUGUGAUGGCAGACAUGCAAAAGGGUUUUCAUGCUGCAGUAGAAGAAUUGUUACCCGAUGCUGAGCAUAGGAGAUGUGCAAGACACAUCUGGUCAGAGCAUGAUAAAAUGAGCAAACUUGGUAAUGAUAUUUGUGCUGAUUUAUUGCAAUAUCCAGAAAAAUCAUGGGUGAGGGCAUACUUUAAAGAGCAUUCUAAGUGUGAUGUUGUUGAGAAUAACAUGUGUGAGACCUUCAAUUCAUGGAUUUUGUCUUGUAGACACAAAUCAAUUAUAACCAUGUUGGAGGAAAUUAGGAGAAAGAUAAUGACUAGACAAUGUGAUAUGAUUAAGUUUGCCAACACUUGGAUAUCUGAGAUUUCACCUAUGGCUAGACUUACCUUAGAGGAUAAUAAGGUAAUGGCUAGGAGCUGCAAGAUUCUUUGGAAUGCUGAUGUUGGAUUUGAGAUUGGAGAGGGUGAGUAUAGGCAUACAGUUAACAUGAGUACUAAGAGUUGUAUCCGUAGAACUUGGAAACUGAGAGGAAUUCCAUGUCAGCAUGUUGUUUGUGCAUACUGCCACAUAGAACUAGAGCCUGAACACUUUGUGGAGCAUUGGUAUAGGAAGGAUACAUUCUUAAAGGCAUAUAGUCAUUUCAUCCAACCAAUUCCAAAUAUGAAGAUGUGGCCUGAAACAAACAAUCCAAAGAUUGAGCCUUCUGUACCUAAACCAAUGCUUGGAAGGCCGAAGAAGAAAAGAACAAAAGGCAAAGAUGAACCAAAAUAG